AUGCUCAUGCUGGCGCUUGCUCUUGCGCUCGCUCCCCUGGCGGCGGCUUCCUCGGCUUUCUCGGUCAUCCCCUGCGAUGGUUCGAACCGUUGCACUCCCGAAAGUGGCGCUAGCGUCACGAUUUCGACAGGCACCACCACCGCCAUCAAGACCGGCGACGUGACGGCCAUGGCUUUCUCGCUGGGAGGGUAUGGGCCGCCGGUUGUCGGAUCCGACUUUGCUCUCUUUAAGAUUGCUGCCCAGUCGCACGACUCGUACCAGGCGUGGACGCUCUCGGGCACGCCACAGUCGUUGUGGAACGCCUCGUUCUCGGGAACGGGCAUCACGUCCAACGGCGUGGUGGUGAGCGGCAAGGCUGGAGAUAUGCCGAACACCGUGUACAUGAUCAAGGGCCAAUCCUCGGUUGCUAUCAUCCGCAUCGACCCGGUCAGCGGCGAGCCGGUCGAGAUCUACCGCUCGCCGCACAAGGAGCACACGACCUCCUCGUGGCCGUUCCUCAUCUCGCACGAUGAGCGGGUGCUGUGGAUGCAGACAAAGCGUGACGGGGUCUUUGCCGUCACCGCCGUCGAUCUCCAGUCCCGAACUGUCGUCGCCGAGUACCUGCUCGAAGAUCUCACCGAUGCCUGGCCGGAGCUGCAGUUUGAGGCGGACGGCGAAACCCCGUUCCUGGUCGGCGUCGACACUCAGCAGCAAGUCACUCUUGUCGUCUUUGACCUCAAAUCCAACUCGACGACAAUGACUCGGCUGGACGGCCCCAAACCGUGGACCACUGCGUCGCGAAAGCUGCAGGUGCUUCCGAUGGCCAGCCACGCCUCGCGCUUUGUUGUCCUCUUCGGCGACACUGUUGCGGUGUUUGAGGUCGGGACGAGCUCCCCGAUUCACGCCUACUCGUGCGCUGGUGGCUCGACCAAGUGCUCUGUCGUCGGCUCGGCUUCGGUCGCUGGCCGCAAAAACAACAUCCUGGUCUACACCGAGCGGAUGAUGGCCGGCGACGCCGACACCUACCAGCGGGCGGUCGUCGCCCGGAGGGUAGACAGCCUCAAGGAGCUGUGGCGGAUGAAGGUCCCCGACUCGCAAUACGACUUGCCGAUCUCGACCUUUGUCACCGUCCCUAUGUCCGGCAACGUUGUGGUGAAGUCCGGCAACUGGGACCACGUCAAUGCCGCCACUGGCGACGUCGUCUACAGCGUCACCCACUCUGACCUGUGCAAGGGCGACAACCCGUACGGCUACAUCGACGAGUACGUUUUGCUGGGCAAUCACGUUCUCGUGGGCGCCUGCAUCAACUACAAGGGCUACGUUCGCUUCAUUACUGACCAGCUCGUCAAGGUCUGA